CAGACUCGAUCAUGGACGCGCUCAACCAGCCUAUCGUCAUCGACCAAGGGUCCGGCACCCUCAAGGCCGGCUUUGCAGGCUCGGACCACCCGUCGACCUACUUCCCUUCCUACGUCGGCCGGCCAAAGCACACGCGGGUCAUGGCGGGCGCGGUCGAGGGCGACACGUUCGUCGGGAGGAAGGCGCAGGAGCUCAGGGGGCUGCUACGGAUCAACUACCCGAUGGAGCACGGCAUCGUGACCGACUGGGACGAUAUGGAGCGGAUAUGGUCCCACGUCUACAGCGAGGAGCUGCGCACCUUGUCCGAGGAGCACCCCGUCCUUCUCACCGAGGCCGCCCUCAACCCGAACUCGAACCGGGAACAAGCCGCGCAGAUCUUCUUCGAGACGUUCAAUGUGCCCGCCAUGUACAUGUCGGUGCAGGCCAUCCUCGCGCUGUACGCGUCGGGCCGGACAACGGGUAUCGUGCUCGACUCGGGCGACGGUGUCACACACGCCGUACCCGUCUUUGAGGGCUUUGCGAUCCAGCACGCCAUCCGGCGAGUAGACGUCGCAGGACGAGACGUGACCGACCACCUCCAGCUCUUGCUGCGGAAAGCGGGCUACCACCUGCACACGUCGGCCGAGAAGGAGGUCGUGCGCAUGAUCAAGGAGAAGACGUGCUACGUCGCGCUGUCGCCGGCAAAGGAGGAGAAGGAGGCGCAGGGAGGCGGGAGGACCGAGGACUUUCGGUUACCGGAUGGCAACGUCAUCCGGCUCGGCCCCGAACGGCAUCGUGCGCCCGAGCUCCUGUUCAACCCCGAGAUUGUCGGCCUCGAGGACGCAGGCGUGCACCAGGUCGUCGUCGACUCGAUCAACCGCGCCGACCUCGACUUGCGCAAGUCGCUGUUUGGCAACGUCGUCUUGAGCGGUGGAGGAACGCUCGUCAAGGGUUUCGGCGACCGCCUGCUGCACGAGGUCAAGAAGCUCGCGCUGCGCGAGACCAAGAUCCGCAUCAGCGCACCGCCCGAGCGCAAGUACUCGACCUGGAUCGGCGGCUCGAUCCUCGCCGGCUUGAGCACGUUCAAGAAGAUGUGGGUGUCGGCCGAGGAGUACCAGGAGGAUCCCGACAUCAUCUUCAAGAAGUUCUAGACGACGCGCAGGCCGCAGCGCUCCUCCCCCUUCUCCCUCCUCCCCCGAUUCCCCUUCGUUCGACUUUUCGUUCUCCCCCUCUUUCGCAAUCCAUACCCAUCG